UUGGAUGCAGCCACUGAUGGAGCUGUCGACACAAGGGGAAAGUGACCUUCCUGCCGAGGAGACCAAUGCUGACUUCAAUCAGCAGGGAUGCCAUGCCUUCUAUGCUGACCUGUUUUCCGAUUGUCACAUUAGCUCUAUUGGUGCCAGUUAUAAGAGUUAUGCUCCACCAACCAUCAAUAAUCCAGCUCUAGAUUUCUCGCUUUCCCUGCUACGCAUUGCUCUGAUUGAAGAGACACUCACACAAGGCAACACAGUCAAGACAAAUAAGACAGUUGUUGCUGAAGUUGCACGGGCAGUACUGAAAGAGGACUUGCCUUUAGGUCUCUUCCUUCUGUUGAUGCUUCAGGAGCCAGAAGAUGCCAAAGCUGUGCUGUCUAGCCUUCCACGCACAGAUGUUUCCUUACAGAUGUCACUCUACUACUAUGCUUUGCAAAUAUAUACAAGUUUGCACCCAUGGACACAGCCAAGCAUUGCCCCAGUCUUCUUGCAUGACCCUGAUGCAGUCAUUGAUAGUGUUGCAAGCUUGAUUGAAGAAUUAGACACUUCGAAGCUCAACAAUCAGCUUAGUCAGUAUGUGGACCUGUUCAAGAGUACCCAAGAUCUUGUCUCAGACUAUGUACAAGGCCAAGCUCUCCAGAGAUUGGGAGCUGGUGUUGACAUUGACAGGUUCUUGGUUGACAGCAGUUACAAAGAGGAUACAGUGUUAGGCCUGGCCAUGACUCGUGACAAUGAGGUGCUUGACUUGGCUCUAACAUUAGCAAGGAAGUAUGAAGUCUCUCUGUGGCAGGUUUAUAUGACCUAUUUGCAGCAUUUAUUUGAUUCAGAUAUUUCUACUAAUGAUAUCAAGCAGUGCAUAGAAGAAAAGAAUUUGGUGGAGAAGCUGAGCAAAGAGCCCAGAGAAUUCAUAACCCGAAUGGAGCAGACUGUUUUCCUGACAGUGAGUGGAUGUGACCAUGAGCGUCUCUUGCUCUAUUACACUCUGAUUGAGCAGUGCGGUGGUAAGAAAGCUGAGGCCAAAGCAGCUGCAUCCCACAUCAAACUCUUGAAAAAACUGAAGGGAUCUGCCAAAGGACUUAAUUACAAGCUGCUCCUCAAGGCAGAUACAGAUGUGAUGGCUCUUUUGCGCCCAGUCCUAACAGCUCAAAAUGUCAACAAUCUUGCAAAAAUGGCAAAAAAUGUUCCCAGUAUGAAGGAUGCUGGAAUCAACCCAAGUACAAUUUACUGUGCUUGGGCCCAGAAGUAUUUCUUUGAUUUUUCUUCUGACAGGAAACCUAAGACUGCAAAUGCAUGGAUUACAAGAUUUAGUUCAUGUGAGGAGUAUAUGGAGAAGAUGAAUCCAAGCGAUGUAACAAUGUUUGUAAAGCAGUUGGUGCUGUCAAGUGAAGCUGCUAAGAUGGUGCCCCUGGAAGCAAGGAUGGAGUACUGCCAGAAAGUCAUUAAAUUCAGCAAUGAACAGGAGGGAAAAGAGCAGGUGAGUGCUGCUGUUAAUUAAAAGAUUUUAACUAUG